AGCAUGGCUGAAAGAACGGCCAACUAAAACUUGCAGAGCGCUUCACUUUCGUUUUUAUUAACUUAAUAUAUAUAACUACCGUCCAUUUCAGUCGGAUACUCUUUAAUAGAAAACACUAGGUUAGUUUUAAAUUUUCAGCCUGCUAUUUACCCUUUAAUGUUUACUCCCGCUCACUACAGGGCUAGAUUCAAUACUUACACCUAUCCUAAUAAUAUCAUAUAAUUCCGUUUUUUUGUUCACCUAAUUAAUAUAUACUGACACAAUCCAUAAUUGACUUCAGUCAUAAGUAAAAAUAUGCCAAAAGACUCGACGCGAAAACGAAAGAAAAGAAGCUAACGACGAGCUAGCUCAGUAACUCAUUCAGCAAACUAGCAUUAGCAACAUUAGCGUUAUCAAGUUGACUUAUAUCGUUUUAAUUUACGUAUGACUUCGCCAUUUAGGAAAGCAGUCCUUGCGUGUAGAGACAUUUGUGGAACUGUCUUAAUAACAGACGUCUUCCUGCUAAUGUAGCUUCAAACUGCAGCGUAAAGCUAGCCGUGCAAGUGUCAAAGAAGGUACCCGCACAGACAAUGGCCGCACCAACAACCGAGGCACUGUUCUUACUUAAAGACGUAAAGCCCGGAUCGAAAAACCUUAAUAUUGUAUUCAUCGUUUUGGAAAUAGGACGAGUCACCAAAACAAAAGAUGGCCACGAAGUACGAUCGUGUAAGGUGGCGGACAAGAGUGGGAGCAUCGCUAUCUCCGUUUGGGAUGAACUGGGCAGUCUAAUUCAGCCAGGGGACAUCAUCAAGUUGACCAGAGGAUAUGCUUCGAUAUGGAAAGGCUGCCUGACACUUUACACUGGAAGAGGUGGUGAUCUACAAAAAAUUGGAGAGUUUUGUAUGGUGUAUUCAGAAGUGCCCAAUUUUAGUGAGCCAAAUGCGGAGCUGAUUGCCCAAGCAAACCAGCAAAAUAAAUCGGGUAAACCUGACCAGAAUCAGAGGGGAAACUCUCCGCCCAAUCAGAAUUCAGGUACAACUCCUGCACCAGGUAACGGUUCCUUGUCACAGUUUGCUCCCACUAACAACAACAACAAUGGCAGCGGCGGCCCAGCGCCAGGGGCUCCCCGUGACUCUGCGUUUGGGAGCGUUGGGCGAGCAAACGGCCGCUCGCCCGGCAACGGUGCUCCUCCGGCUUCUGUCGCCGGACCUCAAACCGCAGCGAAGUCUUCACUUAACAUUAGCAACGGCAGGGACCCACGUCGUGCCAAAAGAUGAAAGGGGCUUGGAUUCCUCCUCCUCCACCUCAACAUGGGCCGGCACAGUCAGGUUAGAGUAGCUGCAGGUUGCAGAUUAGCUGUGCAAAGACGUGUCCCAGAUCACUUGGAAGUGUCAGUCCUCUGCCCCUACUUGUCACUUCUGUGCCAUUUACAAAAAUCGCCUACUUGAACACUCGCUGCACUUUCUCCUCUUCACUUCAAAGCGGAGAAAACUCGGCUGUCGUUGAAAUCAGGAUAUUUCUGCUUUUUAGUGGGGGGGAAAAGGGCCUUAAGUUUGUGAAAAUUAUAGUGCAGAAGACUGAGUGCUGAUGAAAAAAACUUUUUUUUUUCACUUCAAAUCUGAAUUGACUGUGGAAGCGUUGAUGUAUACUUGGAGAUUUUUUUACAAAAGGCAAAGCAGUUCCCCCCCCCCCCCCCCGCAUUUUGUCAUGCCGCGGUUGUACCUUUCAUGAGAAGCGGGACCACUUCAAGAUGGGCGAUACAGUUCAGUGAAUAAAUUAAACAAAGGUUGU